GCACGGAGCUGAAACAGGAAGUUUGUGCUUUUCAGCGGACAGAGAUGCGUGGAGAAAGAAUAGCUGUAAUGUGUGGAGAGAGAAAUCUGACGAGGAGGAAUCACUGAAGAGUUGCUGGUUACCGUCGUCGAGGAUCUAGGAGUGGAGUUGAAUUUCGGUUUCCGAGAAUUUGUUUGAGUCCUAUGGAAGGUACAUCCCCAGAUAGAGAUUCUAUUGGAUCUGCAGCUAGAAAGUCGAGUUUCUCGUCUGGAAGAAAAGUUCGUCGGAGAAAGGAGUUUCUUCGUAAAUUCGUGGACAGUAAUAGUCUGGAAGCAAAUCUCACUACAUGGUUUAAGGACAUAGUCGAACAUAAUGUGUCACCCGUCUUCGAUGUUCCUUUCGAGUUGGUGGAUCUUCAAAAAUUCGAUUACGCUCUGGAAGGGGUUCGAUUUCAACAACUUCUUCGAAUGCCUGAUGCUGUCCAUGCCUCAACCCCCGGGUUUUUCGAAGCAGCCGCUUAUCUUGCUCUCGAGGAUUUCCUGCACGCCACCGCGAGCAGCCUGUGGGGAGCUUUCUGGGGACACGAGAAUGAUCCGAUGCCUUUCUAUGUUUCGUCCUUAUCCGACGGGAACUUGCGAUUUUGCCAAGCUGAAAAAGAGAUCGCCAAAGGUAAAGUAACAGGUUUUUAUGCAUCGGCAAUAAUGCGAAAGAAUCCGAGGCAUCCGCAAGGGAAAUGGGAUGAUAUCGUCGAACUAGCAUUGCUGAGGCCCGACGUUCAAAUUCUUGCCUCGAUCGAAGACAAUUCCGAAGCUCUGUUCUCGAUUCUGGGCGAAGCUUUAUUUUUCGCGCUCCGCGUAUUGCUUGCGAGAAGUAUCGGCAGAUCUAAUGUUCCUCUGAGUUUGACGUCUGUUUUUGUACUUCUACUCGACUCUCAGCAUGGCAGUGUUGUUAAGGUCGAGGGCGAUCUAAAUAAUCUGGAAUUCGACGUAAACAAUGUCUACGGAUCUGCUGCGGCGUGGUUCAAAAACCAUUCCAGAAUCGCGAUUUCCCCUGUUGAUAGGAUUUGGAAUAAGCUCGGAAACGCAAACUGGGGAGAUAUCGGCGCUUUACAGGUACUCUACUCUACAUUUCAUUCAAUUGCGAAUUACGCCGGAUCACCUAAACACACUGUGGAAGAUUUGGCCACCGAGCACAGUUCUCGACUUCAAAGAAGAAGAAGUAAAAGACAGUUAGGCGAUACUCGGGUGAAUGGCAACGGUUCGUCCCGAAUUCAGCAUUACACUGCUUCUCCUGAAAUUGUCGAAGUUGAGGAGGAAUCCAUCGAAGUAGCAACCGAGAAUUCGACGAAACUGGAAAUCGGGACUAUUUUACAGCUGGAAGAUUCCCGAUCGGAGAAUGGAUACCGGAUAGAUGAUAUUCGGUACGACGGGGAUUUUUCAAUUUAUGUAACGUCUCCGAUCGACAAACCGGAGAAGUCCUUUUUCCUGUACAUCGGUUCGGAGUAUCAAGUUCAACGGCAAACGAAAGUACUAACGGUUAUGACAGAGAAAGGUUUGUCGAGCAAGUACCUUCCCCGACUCUAUGAAUCGAGUCGAGCGGUCCAUUCAGGUCGAUGCCGGAAAUUGUCGUCGAGCUCAUCUGGUAAGUGUGGUCAUCGAUUGUGCGGGAUUCCGGUGGUGCUGACUACUCCGGUGGGAAGGACUGUCGGCGAAAUGGUGAGCGCCGGCGAGUUUGGCGCAGACGAGGCUAUCAGAUGCUGUCACGAUUGUCUGUCGGCUCUCUCUGCUAGCUCCUCAGCCGGAAUACGGCACGGUGACAUCCGGCCGGAAAAUGUCAUCUGUGUAAAAUCCGGCGGGAGGCCGUACUAUUCACUCAUCGGCUGGGGUUACGCCAUUUUAGAGGAGAGAGACCAUCCGGCGACGAACCUUCAUUUCUCUUCGACUUCGGCUCUUCAGGACGGGAAGUUAUGCUCGGCUUCCGAUGCGGAGAGUCUCGUGUAUAUGCUGUAUUUUGCCUCCGGUGGAGAUUCCGCCGUUUUGGACUCAGUCGAGGGCGCGCUGCAAUGGCGAGAAACCUCGUGGUCGAGGAGAUUGAUUCAACAGAAGCUCGGCGAAAUCUCCGCCGUCCUCAAAGCAUUUGCGGAUUACGUCGAUAGCCUAUGCGGCACGCCGUAUCCCGUUAACUACGACAUUUGGCUGAGGAGAUUGAGAAGACAUAUUAGCGAAGACGACAGCGGUAAGGAGAUCGACACAUCUACAUAAACCUGAAUACAGAAGAAACUCGACAGCUCGGCUGUUGUAAAUAUAGACUGUUCCCGACAUCAUGAGUGCGACAAAUGCAAGGGCUGGCUAGGUCGCGAGAAAAUCUUGCGACGAUGGAAUCCUAAAGGGAAAUUGAGCUUGAUUCGACACUUAUUUAAGAUGUUGUGUUUGUUAUUUCCUCUGAAGUUUCAGUCGGGCGAAGAAGAAGAGACUCCAUUUUUGGAACUAAAGCAAAUAACAGGUGAAGCUAUUCGAUAUGACGAUACUCGCCGUAGAUGAAAAGGUGUUAGUCGAUCGAAAGUGUUACUAUGUUAAUUCACGUCCGUUUCUUCGAGGGCUGCUUUCGCUGCCGUCUUGGCGUCCUUUAAUAGAUUGUCGGGGACCUGGAAACUCGGAAAAAGCGUCAAUCAUCGACUCAGAAAUGUCGUUGAAAUGCAACGAGCAUUGAAAUAUUUCCAAAAGCGUCGAAGAUAUUAGCCCGGCGAGUGUAGAUAGGGUCGAGACAAUAAACUCGUUUAUAUUUCUUACCUUCCAACUCGAAGGCCUUGUCUUUUGCUUUGUCGUCGACUCCAACCCGGCAUGCCUUUUUCCGGGUUUCAUUUAUUAUAGUAUGUUCUAGACAAUGAGAGAAGUUACAUCUUGGCCGCCUCGACUACCCCUUUCCGGCUCGUCAAAGCUUCAACUUUUCAA